GGCUGAGAGGUUGUCUCCUCCUCCCCUUCCCCCUCCUCCCCCCCCCUCCCCCACGCAGGGGCUGGGAGUGGCCUGGUGCCGUUGGUCGCCAUACUGCGAUCGGCCGGAGUUUGGGGCGCUGGGUGCCUGUGGCUGUGAGUUCAGAAUGGGUGACAAGCCUCUCUGGGAGCAGAUUGGAAGUGGCUUUGUACAACAUUACUAUCAAGUUUUUGAUGCAGACAGGAGCCAACUAGGAUCAUUAUAUAUUGAUGCAUCAUGCCUAAGUUGGGAAGGACAGCAGUUCCAAGGAAAAACUGCCAUUGUGGAAAAAAUAAUUGGCCUUCCAUUUCGUAAAAUACAGCACAGCAUAACUGCACAAGACCACCAACCUACCCCAGAUAGUUGCAUCCUGAGUAUGGUAGUAGGACAGCUUCAGAUACUGGCGCAGUCCAUGUCCAUAUGCAACAAGACCUGGACAACAUUGAAGCUUGAGCUGAUAAGUGGCUGAUGAAGACCCUGUAAUGGGAUUUCACCAGAUAUUUCUACUGAAAAACAUCAACGACGCUUGGGUCUGCACCAAUGAUGUCUUCAGGCUAGCACUGCAUAACUUUGGCUGAGACCUCUGCCUCCAGCACAUCCCUAAAUCCACUCUUCUAAUUUGCUAUUAAUCACAAUAACUAGAUUCCAAAUAUCAUACACAAGUUUGUACGCAACAGUAAAAUCUGCAAUCUGCGUAGUAUCUAAUCACAGUUUGCUUGAAUUUAGCUAUUUGUGCAUGAUGUUUGGAAAAAUAUUACUUUAGCUGACAUGGGCAAGACAGUACCCCAAUGUGUGUUGUACCAGCAUGCCUUAGAAGAUAAGUCAUACCACACUUUCUUUUUUCCUCUGUGUACUGGUAAGUUGCUACAGCAAUCCAAAGAAUCAAAAUAAAUAACAGCAACUACCUGUCCAACUUUUUGAUUUGUUCAUAACGUUUUGUUGACUCGUGAUACAAUAAACCAUGUACUUUUCUUAAGAUGGAAAUUGUUUCAUUUAGUUUCCUAGCUGGUUUUAGGGUGUUUAUUUUACUAAAAAAUGUAUUUGACCAUAUAAUCCAAUUGAAGGAAAAAUUGCUGUUGGGUAUUGUUUGUGCUGGUGUGAAGGUUUAGUCACUUGUCUUAUCAAAGGACAGUCAUAACAUAAGUGAACUUGAACAUAGUUAUUUGGGUUUUACCUUGUAUAUCAUGAGCUAACUUGUUUCAGUUCUACUGAAGACUAAUUUUGUCUCUUUGACGAAUUGAGGCUUUAAAAGAAUAAGAUAGUGACAUAAGUCUUUUAUAGCUGUGUUGUACAAUAUUCAACAUGAUGUGUAAACGUUGAAUUGUUUUAAAACUACAAAUUUAUCUGUAUUUGAACUUGAAAAUCAUAUUACUUAAACUUUUCAAAUUUUGAAGGUUUCAGUAAAACAAGCCAGUACUCGGAACAUUAGGUUGUACUUACUGUAGAUACUCAUGCAUUAUAUUUUAAUUCUCCCUUUUUCUCUAUUCUCCUAACCAUGUGAUUUCAGUCAGCUUGAAGGGGGAAACUGUUAACUGGCCUUUUCAAUGGCUGGUGCUGCCAGUGCUGCACUGUGGCCAGUUGCCAGUCGAGCUACAAGUGGAUCAAGAUUGUCAGCUUUUGGCCUCUGGAAAUUCUUCAUUGUUGUGAAUUCCAGUGUCAUGUUCCUCUAACAUUUAAGCUUAUGACCACAAAGUUGGAAAACUUCUGAUAUAUCAGUUAGAAUACUGCAUCAUCUAUUUCUUUUAUGAAAUUUUUGAUUGACAUAGAUCCAAGUAACCUGCAAAAAAGAAAAUGGAAUCCAUUCAUUCAUAUUAAGCUAUAUCACUUGGUACCAGAGCUGUAGAUUACUGUAUAAUGCAAAAAAUACUAGUAAUGCAAUAAGCAUUUGUGAACAAAAUAAAAAUUAGCAUUUAUCUUAAAGAAUUAUGUGAAUGUUACUGGUACAGUUGUCUUUAAGAUUUUUUUUCUCCUAAUAUAUUUAGUAUCCAUAGGUUUGGUGUUGCAGAUUUUGGGUUUUUCUUGAAUAAUGAUGCAUGUUGGAAGUACACUUCCAUGAUUACCGGGGCACUCUGACAUCUCACCUAAGUAGUCAUGUAUUGGGUCAGUAGCCCAACCCAUUAUUGCCCCCAUCUAAAUUCCAGAAAUGUUUAAUUUCCAAAAAACCAGUAAUUGAAUAGCUAUAAGAAGUAGGACUUUCCAUUCUUAGUCGUGUCAUGGUUUGAGCCUGCAACCUUUUUAGGUCUGUAUGUUUCACAAUGAAAGCUUUUUUUUAAAUACAAUAUUUAUAAAAUAACUUCUGACACUGGAUUCAUUUACAUUAUGAAUUUUCUGGAAACUGCAUUUCUGUGAGGCCACGUGCACAGAUAUAGAAUCUCAAUAAUUUGUGAAAACUCCUCUUGAUUUUAACAGGACAAUGUGAUUUCUCUGAGAAUGUAUUCUUUUUGAAUGCAGACUUGUUUUGGAGCCAGUAUCUUUUCUCCUGAACUUAAAGGAUUAAUCUCCAAUAAAUUCAAAGUGGUGCAAAACCCACUUAGAUGACACCAUUCCUUUUAGUAUGGUUAUCCAAAACUGAAAACAUAAAUCAGCAGUUUUACUUGAUAACUGCCAGGACAAUGAUUAGAGUGUUAAAUCUGAGUUUUGACACAGUGACAUAGUUACUUGUGAAAAUUAUUAUAAAAUUUACAGAUUGCUCCCACAGCUUGAAUAUUCUUGUGCAACUUGGUAAUGCUGGCAGUUGUACUGUGAAGUAUUAAGCCUCAUGUUUGUCAUGGUAAGAAGUGAGCAUUUGUUUGAUUUUGAACUUGCAGGCAACUGUACAAUAUAGGUUAGAAAAUUUAGUUUAAUUAACCAAAUGUUAUACAGAGCAACGUUCUGAGUUAGAAUUUUUUAAUUGGAAUCUGGUAUAUUACAUAAUGAAGUACAUAGAGGACUGUACCGAACAUAAUUCUAAAUUUAGAUAUCCAGAGGUGUCUAAUAUUUUGUGGACAAUAAUUUAAUGUCUUUAAUGUCCCAUAAGAAGUUGUUUGGUUUUCGUAAUUGCAUGUAAAGUUUCUAAAAUAUGAAUAAAGUCAGUUAAUUCUAAUUUGAUAGCUUCUAGUUCAUUGAUGUUUUAUUCCAAUUAAAGAUGAUGGCUAUCACAGUUUAAAAUUCAUCUCUGUGCCUUGCCCUAGGUUGAAUCAAUUUGGGUAUAUGUCGCAAUAAUGAAUGUGCAGGCUGAAAUUACCAUGUUGAGCACUGAGGAGAGUUUGUGGUAAAGCAAAGCAAAUAUUGUGUCUAAUUCAACUCAGAACUUUGUGUCACAGUAUUGUGAAAGCCGUCUGCCCUUCUUUCUUAAAGGCACAUGUGCAAUGGUGUAAUUGAGUCACCAUUUAUCAAGGAGCAGUUUCUUUUGCAAUCUAUUUGUGAUUCAAUAGUGUCUAUUUACAUUUUGUUACUAUACAUUUCGUAAAUGGUUAAAACAUGGUACAUUACAUGUGUUCCAUAGAAGCAUCACUUUUAUCUUUAAAUAUUCACAUUUGUCACACAGUUCAUUCUAUGGAUAGAAAAAUUUCUGAUGUAAAUAUAAAAGAACACUAUAGCACACUACUAAAAAUAGUAAUUCAGCCUUCAAGUAAAUCCAGGAAUCAUCUGAUGCCUUCUUAUGAACAUAUUCUGAUGCAACCUUUUCUCUAAUUUGUCGGAUCCUUUUCCCAGUGAAAGACUGGAAUGGGAAAGGUUGUAUUUGCUUAUUUUACAUUCUGUUGGCUGUUUCGCACCCAUUCUGUUUCAGCUAGGAGUGCAUGCUGGUCGUUGAUUUUACAGGGGUCAAAACCAAAAUGACUCCAUGAUUGGCUGGUGGUACAAAUAACCUUCCCAAUGCUGAAGCAACAAUAUCAAUUUCUUGUUGUAUAGUGACACCUUGUGUGUGACAAAUUGACUGAGAAUUUCCCCACACUUAAGGUUGACAGAUUUGAGUGGCCCACUUAAGAACUUUGAGUGUGGUUGCUACUGCAAUGAUGGAUCAUCUAAUUUUUUUUUGAAGCUCCUUGGGAGAUUGCUGGUGGCUUUAACCAUUGGUGCUUCUAUAUCAGUAUUCACAACAUGGCCUAUGAAGUUGACAUACCAGCCACAAACUCCUUCAUACUUUAUAUGAAUCGAUUUUAUUUGAGCUGAGAACUCCAUGAAAUUCCUGUUUGAAUUAAAACACCUUUGAAAGUUAUUAUUUCCAAUCUGGCUAUGGAAUGUGUUCAGUCAGUUUGGAGAAAAGAUUUACCUAGGUGUUUUUGUCUUAUUCUUUAGUGUAAGCUUAGUUUCCUUUCUGAUCUUUUUCAUUGUUGUUCUUAAGCAAAUUUAAGAGUACAUAAAGGAGUGUAACCUUUUUAUGAUAUAACUAAAUAACUCCUGAUUAUUUCAACCAAUUUUUGGAAACAUUACUGCAAUGAUGCAUAAAAAGCUGACAAUUUAAGUGCAAGUAUUUAAUGAUAAUUGCCAAUCAAAAUGGUAAUGUAUAAGAAUACAUUUAUGGAAUUAUAACUACGUUUAAAUUUAAUGAACUGAAAAACAUAUACAUUAAAAGUGUAUAUUUUGCAAUGUUUUGGAGUUGCUGAAAAAUAAAUUAAAGAUAUGAGAAUAGUUUGAACAAGUACAUCAAAAGCAAACGUAUGUGCAAAAGAAUGGAUAGUUGGGUGAAUUAGUUGAAUAUUGCCCUUCAUAUGGUUGUAACUCAAGCUGCCUUCAGAAUUCUUGGCAACUGUAAAGCACCGUGUACAGCUUACACCUAAUGUACUGUGAAUUUGUGUCAAAGGACUUUUGUUCAGAAAUUAUUUAAAUAUGUUACUUUGUGCCAUACUAAGGAUAUGUUGUUUUGCCUUAGAUAUUUUGCUGUUUGAAAAAAUAAUCUUGAUCAAAAAAUAUUUUCUUAGAUAUCCAUUUAGCCUUUUUUUCCUUUGCUAUAUGGUUUAGGUUGACAGGAGCACUGCUUUCAGGUGCUCUCACAGUCCCAGACAUAACUAAGAAUCAUGGGCCAUCUGAUGUUCCUGAAGCUGUGAUGCUUUUUUAGGCUUACGUAUACAGAAUCUAACUUCUGAUGACCUUUUUAGGAAAAUGAAAGCUCUCCUUUCAGUAAUAACUGGUACACAUUGAUUUUAUUGCAGUGUAAAAUCAUUGUUUUGUUGGUUUCUAAAAUAAACUUUAUCAAACAGC